UUGACGUGUUGUGAACACACUUCAGCGAAACGAUGGCAGAAGAAGCUCCAGCAGCUCCAGCUCCGGCCAAAGCGGCCAAGAAGAAGGCAACCAAGCCCAAGAGCGGACCCAGCGUGGGCGAGCUCAUCGUCAAAGCCGUGGCCGCGUCUAAGGAGCGGGGCGGAGUGUCCCUGGCCGCCCUCAAGAAGGCUCUGGCUGCCGGAGGCUACGAUGUGGACAAGAACAAGGGCCGAGUUAAGGUAGCCAUUAAAGCCUUGUUGGCUAAGGGGACCUUGGUCCACACCAAGGGGACCGGGGCCUCUGGUUCCUUCAAGAUGAGCAAGAAGGCUGCAGAGCCCAAGAAGGCGAAGAAGCCGGCGAAGAAAGCCGCUGUUAAAGCCAAGAAGCCCGCAGCAAAGAAACCCGCAGCGGCCAAGAAGCCCAAGAAAGCAGCAGCUAAGAAGCCAGCAGCCGCUAAGAAGUCCCCGAAGAAGGCCAAGAAACCCAAAGCAGCGCCUAAGAAAGCGGCUAAGAGCCCUAAAAAGGCCGCAAAGAGUCCCAAGAAGGCAGCGCCCAAAAAGGCCGCCGCUGCCAAGAAAGCCCCGGCAAAGAAGGUCGCCAAGCCCAAAGCCAAGAAAGCAGCACCCAAGAAGAAGUGAGCUGCAUGACUCCUCCACACAAAGGCUCUUUUAAGAGCCACCCACAUCCAACAAGAGCACAUUUCCUCUGACAGUUUGGCGUAACAAUGUGUUUAAGGAAAAGAAUAAAAAGAUCAGAUCAGCUGUUCGUCCAUGAAUAUGUGGAGUAAAGCCACAGAUAAAAGCACAUAACA